AAGAUAUUCAGUAUGAUUGAAGACACAAUAAGUUGAGCACAAGCUACACCGUACAGCAUCACAACAGCAGCACUGUUCGAUUGAUUUCUCGUUUCAUCGAUUUUUUUUUUACCUCUAACAAUUUAAAUCGUGCUCUCUCGCUCGCGUAUUGUCAAUUCACAUCACAAAAGAGGUGAUUUCAUCUAACUAAAACGACAUAUUUAUUCGAGUGUUAUGUGUUUUUAUAUUUGUUCGUGAUAACUCGUCAACGAAUUGAAAGAAAAAGUGAGCAACAUAUUUUAGACAAUCUCAAUUUAAAUUGCGCCUAACAUUGAUGGAUUUAGUGAAAACAAAACCGAGUGGACACACGAAAUUCCAUUGAUUUAUCGAAAUUGUAUAUUGAGUGGUAUUUUUUAAAGAAACAACAAGUCAAUUUGUGUUUUCCUAGAAAAUAAGUGAUAAAAAUCUAAGGAAAUAUUCGCUCUUUGAGUGAAGCGAUCCACAUUAAAUACACAGUCCGAAUUCAAGAACGAAAAGAAAAAAAAGUAUGGCAACGGAUUACACUAGGAUAUUUGGCGUGUCAACAUUGGCCGUAUUCUUGCUAAUUGUCUCAGUACACUUAUCGCAGUCAUGUAAUGAACAAGUAUGCGCAUCAAUCGUGUCCAAAUGCAUGUUAACACAAAGCUGUAAAUGUGAUAGCAAGAAUUACUCCUGCUGCUCAGAGUGCUUUAAAUGCUUGGGUCAUCUGCAAUUGGAGUGCUGCAGUUGCUUGGAAAUGUGUCCAAAACCAACGGAAACUCGAAAUGUAUCGCGUCAAUCGCAUAUUGAAGAUUUGGAAGGAAUUCCCGGCUUGUUCAAAGCACUCACCGAAGAGUCCGAUGAAGACGACGAUAAAUGGACAACAUUCACGUUUCCCGUUGAUUUUCAAACAGUGUUAGUCAGCCCAAAGGACAAAACAUUCAAGUACAUUUUUGUAUCCGCUGAUCAAAACUUGGACUCAUCGAUGAAGAGUAGAGAAGAAAUUGUCACGCACAAUUGCACGGUUGUUUAUAUGUCACAGUGCUUAUCAUCAAACAAAUGCAAGCAAAACUGUGAAAGCAUGGGCGCUACCAGCUAUCGAUGGUUUUACGAUGGUUGCUGUGAGUGUGUCGGAUCAACUUGCAUUAACUAUGGUAUUAAAGAGAGCCGAUGUGCACAGUGUCCAGAGUCAAAAGAUAUUGAUUUAUUAGACGAGGUGCCAUCAGACGAUGAGCUUGAUUUUGGCGAGAAUCGGCUUUAAUUUCAAUUUUAUGCAGAUUUUUACGUUAAGAUUUCGACCAAUUUUAUAUGUAAAUUGUAUUGAUAGAUUGCGCUUAUGUCGAUGCCAGGAUGGAAGGGAAAAGCGCACAGAAAUAUGAAAAAGACAAACUUUUGUAAUUUUUUACAAAACAAAAAUUAAUAAAUAUAUAUAUGACGAAAUCAAGAAGAAAUAAAAUAUCGUAAUUUCACUGACAAUUAAAUUAUAAAUUUGCA